CCCUAAUUUGACCGGACGACAUGGAGGAGCAUUUCGACGAGCGGGACAAACUUCAGCGCAACAGCCGGAGCGCAGGCCGGGCGAACGGGCUCCUCAGCCCCACUCACAGCGCCCACUGCAGCCUCUACCGCACGCGGACCCUCAAAACACUCAGCUCCGAGAAGAAGGCGAAGAAAGUGCGCUUUUACCGCAAUGGUGACCGAUAUUUCAACGGGAUCGUGUAUGCCAUCUCAUCGGACCGGAUCAGAACCUUUGACGCUCUGCUGGCCGACCUGACCCGAACCCUAUCCGACAACGUCAACCUCCCGCAGGGGGUGCGAAUUAUCUACUCAAUCGAUGGCAACAAAAAAAUCACCAACAUAGAUCAGCUGGUGGAAGGGGAGAGUUAUGUGUGCGGUUCCACCGAGGCGUUUAAAAGAGUUGACUACUCCAACAACGUCAACCCUAACUGGUCCGUAAAUGUGAGGGCCCUGGGCUCCACCAAGUGCCCCACGUCUCUAGCCAGCUCCAAAUCAGGCCCGCAGUUUAGAGAGAGCAAAGACUUCAUCAGACCCAAACUGGUCACCGUCAUCCGCAGCGGAGUGAAGCCACGCAAGGCGGUUCGCAUCCUGCUCAACAAGAAGACGGCACACUCCUUUGAACAAGUGCUCACUGACAUUACAGAUGCUAUAAAGCUGGAUUCGGGCAUUGUCAAGAGGAUCUACACCCUUGAGGGAAAACAGGUCUCUUGCCUUCAGGAUUUCUUCGGGGAGGAGGACAUCUUCAUCGCAUGCGGCCCAGAGAAGUUCCGUUACCAGGAUGACUUUCUGCUGGAUGAGAGCGAGUGUCGAGUGGUGAAAUCAACAUCAUAUGAGGUGGGCUCUUUAAACCGAAACUCUCCUAGAAGUGUCGUCCUUUGCAGACGCAGCAAGUCCCCUUCGGAUCAGGUGAAUGGGACCCCAGCGAGUCAGCUGUCCACACCCCAUUCUCCAAAGUCACCUAGUCCAUCUCCAGCCAGCCCGGGGAGUUUGAAGAAACGCAGGGGGUCUCAGCACAGCGGCUCCUCUUUGUCUCUGGCCUCCACCAAAGUCUGCAGUAUGGAAGAAGAGGAAGGGCCCGUCAGCGAUGCUGAGACGUUGGAGGAGACACCGAUGCCUACCGUCCCGAGCUCCAUUUCAGAUCGGUACAAAGUGGGCCGGAUGAUCGGAGACGGGAACUUUGCGGUGGUUCACGAGUGUGUGGAGCACUCGACCGACAGGGCGUACGCUCUGAAAAUCAUCAACAAAGGCAAAUGCAGAGGGAAGGAGCAUAUGAUCCAGAAUGAAGUGGCUAUCCUGAGAAGAGUGAAACAUCCGAACAUCGUGUUGCUGAUUGAGGAAAUGGACACUUAUAGUGAACUCUAUCUAGUCAUGGAGCUGGUUAAGGGAGGAGAUCUUUUCGAUGCCAUCACCUCUGCCAACAGAUACACCGAGCGGGAUGCCAGUGGCAUGCUGUACAACCUGGCCAAUGCCAUCAAAUAUUUACACAGCCUUAACAUCGUCCACAGAGACAUCAAGCCAGAGAACCUUUUGGUCUACGAACAUCAAGACGGGAGCAAAUCACUGAAACUAGGAGACUUCGGCUUGGCCACAGUGGUAGACGGACCCCUGUACACCGUCUGCGGAACACCCACAUAUGUAGCACCAGAGAUUAUCGCAGAGACCGGGUAUGGCCUUAAAGUAGAUAUCUGGGCCGCUGGAGUCAUCACAUAUAUUCUCCUCUGUGGCUUUCCUCCAUUUCGUGGGAGUACUGAAGAUCAGGAGGCUCUGUUUGACCAGAUACUACUGGGACAGUUAGAAUUCCCUCUACCAUACUGGGACAAUGUAUCAGACUCAGCCAAAGAGCUGAUCGUGUCCAUGCUGCAGGUGGAAGUGGACCAGAGAUACACAGCGUUACAAGUGCUGGAACAUCCCUGGGUCACUAAUGAUGGUCUGUCAGAAAACGAGCACCAGCUGUCAGUGGCAGGAAAGAUCAAGAAGCACUUUAACACUGGACCCAAACCCAACACUCCUGGAGUCACCGUCAUGACGACCACCGCUCUUGAUAAGGAGAGGCAGAUUCUCAGACGAGGACGCCACCAGAAUGUGAGCGCAGCUCUCUGGAUCACCCAGCCGACCUGUAGCCUCCACAUCCCAGCCUUUACACCCCAUCUGUGCCCCAGUCUACACCUCCAGCCCUCGUUCCCUAUGGGACCCCCUGCUCCAGCCCUGGUCCCGAGCCUGUGUCCCGCCACCGCCACCUCCACGCCCGAGUCUGAAGACUUUUCGGCCUGCUCCACGGAGACUGUCCGCUCCCUCUUCUCCCCCUUCUGAUGAGGAAGGGAGCGAGGGCACUAAAAGAGAAGAAGGGUUUAUGAGGAUUCGGAACGCGGACGAGUGGACCGAACCAUUUUGUAAUCCAAUCACAGGGGGGAAAAUGACCAUCGACGAGGUUCUACUCUAGUUUAUUUGUGGUCAUUCUUUUGAUUUCUUUACACAUGAUACGUUUUCUUUUUUUAUUAUUCAACUUUUCUGUUGAAGCACCUUAGAGAUUUGAUGUUUUUAUGGGUCCGGUGGUGUUUAUAUAUCCAGAUGGAAACUGUAAGGAUGAUAUAUUUAGUUAGGUAUAACCUGUGCCCCCCCCCCCCACCCAAAAACUAGGUAGAAAUGAUUUUCCUUCCUUUUUGUGGCACUGGACGCACAGCACUUGUUCAUACGUGAGAUGGGGACCUUUUUUGUAAUCAGUGUAAAUAAUAUAAUUUCAAUUAUUUUGAUAUCGACAAUAUAUUUCUUUAACUAGACGAUGUAAGUCACAUUUAAACCAUUUUUGCAGUUUUUAGGUAUAUGGAACAUAAGCACAAAAGCGUCGUGGGGAAGACAUAAAGCAACAUUCCGUAACACAGGGUCAUUUGGUGUCAUGGGUGCAGGACAUUCUGCUGCGUAAUGAGGUCAGAUUUUGGGGGGUGGAGUGUUCCUGAAGCGCAGUAAGAGGUGUUCUAGUCACUCAUAGCCCUGCUUACUGUCUCAUUGUAUUCUCUCGUUAGUGCAUGGAAUACAGAGUGGCUCUUACAUUAUAAUUUGAGACAAUAUCUUAUUAAAAAACAUAUUAUAACCCGA